GUAGGAGAGAGUGCACGCAAAGAGAGAAACUGAACGCUACUUUUACAUGAUUAAGACUGUGUUCAUUGGACAGAUGUUUUUUUUUUUUUAACACUUGGUUCCCUUUCCUCCACUGCAAUUAAGACUGAUAUCCUAGAAAGAAAACAUCUUGUGACUAGAUAAUUAGGCUGUUUUUUUCUUUCUCAGCUGGGAUGAAUCUUAAGGCUACAGGUGUUUCAGAAUACUCAGAUCAGACAGGUCUGGCCUGGUAAUGAGAUUGUAAGUGUUUCGACUUGCAUAGCCCUAUUAGAAUACUUUUUGAAAAGCGCUCUGCCUUCCUGGAAGAUUAAGCAAUAACUGAUGUGACAUGACAGGAUAGGUAAAGGUAGUGAACUGGAAACCCUGCUUCACUCAACCAGUCCUGUCAGGUUACUUAAUAGCCUAUUUUAAAGUCAAUUAGGGAAGGAAGGGAAAGUCAUUAWUAAAAUAAUUMAAACAGUGAUUAGCCUAUUACAAGGAAGGAUGUUUUUUAAGUAUUGGUGAUAAGUAUGACACUGAUUAGCCUAUGUCAAGGAGGGAAAGGAGGCUUUUAUAUAAAAUACAAAUGUAAACAUUGAUUAGCCUGUGCAGUGAAAGAAGGAAAUMACAUUUCUCUAAGUACUGUAACAAGACCUUGUAUGUCCUUCWACAUCCUCCUAUGUGAUUGGCCUCUCAGGACAUACAUUUAUGCACAGCUUUAUGUAUGAUCAUUUCCUCCCAGGUGGGGCGGAUCCGUAAGUCGGCGGCYCGGCGGAGAGAGUUCCACAUCCUGUUCAUGGUGAUCACUACGGUGGUGUGUUACCUGCUGUGCUGGAUGCCCUACGGCGUGAUCGCCAUGAUGGCCACCUUUGGACACCCGGGCCUUAUCACCCCCAUCGUGACCGUGGUGCCCUCCAUCAUGGCUAAGAGUAGCACUGUCAUCAACCCCCUCAUCUAUAUACUCAUGAACAAACAGUUCUACAGGUGUUUCCUGAUCCUGUUCCACUGCAAGCGGCCCAGUUCUGAGAACGGCGUCUCCUCCAUGCCCUCCAAGACCACCGUCAUCCAGCUCAACCGCCGGGGCRACAGUAACAAUGUAGCCGUCACGCCCCAGCUCUCCACCGGCGCCAACCACCAUAACCACAACCACCAUCCCCACACGGUGGAGUGCAGCACUAACAACCGUGAAGACACCAUCCCCGUCUCCGAACAGACCAGCCCAGACCCCAACCAAGAGAUCACCUCCUGUGGACAGCUGCGUACCCCCCGAAGCCCCUCUCAACCCACCCCCCUUUUCCCCCACGUGACAAACGCUAUCCAGUGAUCCACUGUGUCAUAUGAUAGCGUCACCACCGAGAACUCUAGAGGAUACGGUGUUAUCCCUGGCAUUUUUCAUGCGGUGUCGCCCCCAAAAACUCAGUCUACACAGUGAUAUAUCAUGUGGCGUCACCCAACAACUCUCCAUAGUGAUUUGUCAUUAUGAGAACGCCUCAACAACAGACUACCCAUAAACGUUCCAUGAUGAGGCGUUGUGUCACCAGAGAACUCUUCUAUACAGUCAGUGAUCUAAUCCACAACGUUACCCAGACAGAGAACUAUCAAUAUCUUCUAUUCCACGUCAUCACCCCAGAAACUACACUGUGCUCUAUUAUCUUAUAGAACAGGGUACCCCAGCUGGCGGCCAGCUGGUGGAUUUAUUUGGCCCCRUAAGUUCAUYGCAAAUAUAKAUUUAAAAAAUAUAUAUUUUUUGUAUUUUUGUUGUUGGAUAUAAGACUGUAAGAACAUGAAAUCAGCUCCAAUUGAUUUUAAGUUUGGAAAUCUGUUUUGAAAUGAUUAUGCUUUAGUAAACGURAUKUCUGUUUGYGCUUCUUGCUGUCAAUUGGCAGUAAUUARGUUCUGGCCCCCCGACCAUCCGCUCAAGAAAAAAAUAAAUACAUCGGCCCGCAGCUGAAUCUAGUUGAUGAUCCAUGUUAUAGAAGGUGUGUCUACCGCCCCAACCCAUCUAGAUGGUCAACUGUUACUUUGUUACUCAGUAAAAGGUGUAGAUUUAUUCCUGUCAAGUCUUGCCGUGAGAAAACGCAACAGUGUGGUGUUUACUUAAAAAUAAUAAUAAAUAAACGUGUAUUUUUCCUCAACUUCAACGUUAUCAUAUUGUUACAUGUGUUACGUCGAUAGACCCCAGAGUUGUAUUAAGACUGCAGUGGCUUUAGUGUUGUCAWUACUGUUACAGUACGAAAAAAAGMKUUUUGUCAUAACUGUGGCCAUUUCCAAUGAAGUGCAAUAACAGACAGUUCAUCUAUUACAUUUGUUCUAAAGCAGCUAUAUGAAGCCUAUGUGAAUGAUGCUGGUGAAGCUGAAUUCUUUGCACCUCAUCUGUGAGAUCAAAUCACCUUGGGCCUCAUUCAUUUGCUCAGUUUCUAUAUUACAUUUCAGCAUACCAUCAGUUGUUGAAACAAUAGGAAGGAUAARCACAAUGUUUARACACAUAACUAAGGMUGUAAAUCACACAUAAUCAUGAUCAUUUCUAGAUCACACUAAGUUGCUAAAUCACACCUACUUCAUGGUUAUUAAAUCACUAUAUAGCUGUGGAUUUCAACUAUUUAAGAUCAUAUCUGUGCGUAAGAACAUUUUAUAAAUGAUGCACCUGGGUGAUCUGUGUAAAACUGGCUAGUAUUACAACCUAAACUGGUAUUAAACGUAUGGCAACAAUGUGAAGGGAUUUUCCAUUUCAUUGCAGGGUGGGGAGGGGAGGGUAAUACACCAGAAACAGUUGGAGAAGUGUAACAGAAAGUGUGCAUAUUUGCAACACUUGUCUUGCGCUCUUGAAGCCAUCAUCCCAUUGGGCAAGAGAGAUCAUAACAAUGUUCAAUUGUCAGUUUGAAAUGUUUAGUCAUGACAAUGUGGAAACAAUGCUGAUCCAACCAAUAUUUGCAUGUUGGGAUGACAGCCAGGCGUUMUAUGAAAGCCACAACCUGUUAAAGUUACCAUCUUUCUGUGCCUGUAAUGUGGAGUCAUGCAGUAUCUGGCUUAGCAUGUUGACAUGUGCCUCAGUCUACAAGUCUAAAUGAUGUACAUAGGUACCUAGCAGCUCCCAGCAGGCAGUCAACAGCCGUGCACCCCACUGGGCUGCCACACAGUGGCUGUAGCCAUCAUACGGCACUUGCUUGUCUUUAUCCACAUGACAAACUGAACAGCACCGCCUCUCACUGCCUAAUAAACUGUAACCCAAAAAACAGUUAAAUAAAUGGACUGCAACCCAAAUAAAGUCC